CAGCCAGUCAACGUGCUCCAGCAACUCCACGUCUCAACAUUGAUUUCUUUCUCCCGCCCUGCUCCAUUGAUUAGUUAUUAUAACUACACUGCCUCCAAACCCUUAAGGAAUGCUAUAACGAAAUAUGAACACAAUUGUUUUCGUGAGAAAGCAGGAAAAUUGUAAUUUAUAAACGUAAUUAUUAGGUUGGGAGAGUACGGAGCAUGCGCGGCGAUGAUGAGAGGUGAGAGAGUGAGAGACCUUUGCUGCUGUUUUCCCAGGCAGUGUGUUUGUGGCAGUGGUGAGUGAGGCAGUGUGGCACCCGGCGUCUCCCGCCCACUCUCACUGGCACUCCCCGGCUCCUGGCACCCUGCAGGUGUGUUUUAAGUGUCCACCGAGACUGGCCUCAAACACUGCCUGCACACGUGCAUCGCCUCAUUGUCAACAAAGAAAGAUCAGGUACUGGGCGCUUCUGCUCCACCGGCGUCGCCCCGCUCCACUCCAGUCAAGGUAUACCUCACACAUGAACGGUACAGUCAAGGAAGAAGUAUACCAACGUGUCAUCAGAUGAUACACAGCGCCUCCUCAUGUGUCGUCGCCAGCUGAUACGUAAUUACUCGGUGAUACAUGAACAAUGAACUGAAGUAGAUUUAAAAGUGUGGAAUUGUGUACAAGAUAGUGUCAAUAGUGUGAGAGAGAGAUUAAGAGUUGUGUUGAGGAGGAAGAGGCGCCAUCAUGGAACAGCUACUGGAGCAUAUCGGGGAGUUCGGAGUGUACCAGCGGCGACUCUUCCUCUUGCUCUCACUCCCAACCAUCGUUGUCUCCAUGCAGAAGUUGGCCUGGGUCUUCCUUGGCGCCCGCGUUGACCACAGGUGUCGUCUGUGGUGGGAGGACGACAACGCCACCUUCACCCUGGACGACGACGUGGCCAACGUCUCGCUGCCCUGGGACCCCCACCGUCAACACUACCACCAGUGUUACUUCUGGAGCGAGGUGUCGCUGGAGCCGCUGGGGCGACCCAACACCAGCCACGUCCAGCCUUGUGACGCCAUGGUCUACGACACCUCAGAGUACCGCACCAGCGCUGUUAUUGACUACGAGCUGGUGUGCGAGCGGGCCUGGCUGAGGGCCACCGUGCAGAGUGUCUACAUGAUGGGCAUGCUGGUGGGCUCCUACCUCUUUGGUGACCUCUCAGACAGGUUGGGUCGGAAGCCAGUGUUCCUGAGUGCCCUGGUGCUGAUGGUGGUCGUGGGUGUCGGCCAGGCUAUCAUACCGGACUACUUCGCCUUCACCACCCUCAGAUUCAUUCUCGGUGCCUCGCUCCAGGGAGUCUUCCUCGUCGCUUAUGUCAUGGGCAUGGAACUAGUGGGUAAGCGGAGGCGAGUGCUAGUGGGAGUCCUCGCUCAAGCCUUCUACACCAUUGGGUUUUUCACAGCAGCAGCCCUGGCCUACAUGAUCUCCUCCUGGCGCUGGCUUCAGGUCGCCAUGACACUACCUGCCUUGCUUUUCAUCCCAUACUACUGGAUUAUCCCAGAGUCAACUCGCUGGCUCAUCACCAAGGGCAGGACAGCUGAGGCAAGGAACAUCCUGGAAAACGCUGCCAAAGUCAACAAAAAGACGGUGACAGAGGACAUGAUGCUACAGGCACUAGAGAUGUCAAGCGGAGAUAAGGAUGCUGCCAAAGGAAACUUUUUGGACCUCUUUCGCUACCCAAACUUACGCAAGAAAACCUGCAAUGUCUUCUUUAACUGGUUCGUCAACAGUGGCGUAUACUAUGGGCUAUCCCUCAACACGGGUAACCUUGGAGGUAAUGCCUACCUCAAUUUUGUGAUCAGUGGGAUGGUGGAACUGCCUGCCCACGUCAUCACCAUUCUCCUCCUGGACCGCGUGGGCCGCCGUAUCCCACUCUGUACUUUCCUUGUCCUUGGUGGCUUGGCGCUCGUCUCCACCAUGUUCGUCCCCAAAGAUUUGUCAUGGCUGUUGAUCACAUUGGCUAUGGCAGGCAAGUUGUGCAUCACAGCCUCCUACGCUAUCAUCUACGUGGUCACAGCCGAGAUCUUCCCAACGGUAGUGAGGAAUGUGGGAGUAGGCUCCUCUUCCAUGGUGGCUCGUGUAGGCGGUGCCCUUGCUCCAUACAUCAAUCUUUUGGGAGACCAAUGGCAGCCUCUUCCUUUACUGAUAUUUGGAUCGCUGGCCUGCACUGCAGGGCUGUUAGCCCUGCUGCUUCCAGAGACACUAGGCCGCCACCUCCCAGAGACCAUCCAAGAUGGAGAAAACUUUAGCAGCAGAAAGUGGAAGGAUAGUAAGGAAUCUAAAGCAAAACCAGAAGCAGAACAGCUCCAGUCAUUGAAAGAAAAUGUACAGGGGCUUUCCCCACAGGCUGAGGAAAGGAGAGAAAAAAAGGAUGAGGAGCAGCUACAGGCCCUCACAGAGCCUCAACACCAACUCUUUCCACAGCAGAAUGCACCACCAACACACUCAAAUUAAAAAUGAAUAUGAUCAAACUUUAAAAAUGUCAGAUGCAACUAUUUAGUCACAUUUUUAAUCACGUCUUUAUUUUCAUGAUAUACACACAUUAUAAAAAAUGUUUUUGUUUUAAUAAAUAAAAGAUCAAAACACACUAUCUUCAGCAGAAUUCUGCUGGAUAUAAAUGCCCCUCUGCCUUUUAAAAUUACCUAAUUUUCAAUUAAAUUUUGUAUUUAAAUGAAGUUUGCCAUCAAUUAGGAACACUUGAUCUAGGUGCCUUCACAAUUUAUAAUAGGAGGUUUACUCACUCUCCCUAAUUGUGCUUGUAAGGGUUGAAUAUGAGCGCUUUGGUCAUGCCACUCAACCUUCAGUCAACGGGUGUACAGGUUACACAACAUUUUGGGCUCCAGCAUGUAUCUGCAGCUGUGCUUAGUCUACCUACACAACUUCACUCAUAUUUCAUUCUAGUUGUUAAUUAUUCUGACAGCUGGCGUGUGUUUAGGCUAGGGCACUUGCCCUCGGCUUGUGAGCAUACUUGCACAAAAUAUAGACAAACAUUUGUAAAAAUCCACAUUGGCUUCAUGUACGUGUGGUUGUUAUUAAUAUUUUAAUAAAGAAAUUAUAAGUA